AUGGCCACAAAGGUGAAAGGCCUCUUAAAGGCCUUAGGUAUUUCUCAGAUAUUUGAAGGGGAAAAAGAAGCAGAAAUGCAGAUUGGUUUACCUACAGAUGUAAAGCAUGUUGCCCAUAUAGGAUGGGAUGGACCAUCCGUUGAAUCUCCCAGCUGGAUGAAAGAAUUCAAAGAACCAGGAAAAUUUCAUACAGCCCCUUUGGGUCCUCCAUUAGAUCCUAAUGAUCAUCCCGAUAUCAAAUAUGUUUCUGAAGAUGCAAACCAAAAGUACAAAAAUGCAAAUUCUUCAUUACCAGAUGACCAACCAGAAGUGUCAAAGACAUCUAGGCGCCAUUCUUCAUCAGAAACUGGGAGUGGGAGUACUUCUUCUCCAAAGAAAGAGUCCAAAUCCAGGAGCUCCAGGCGACACACCAAAGAGUCGUCCGAUGGUUCAAGGUCAAGCCGACACAGCCGCCCUGGGUCAGGAGGUGGUGGCUCUGAUUCUCCAGCAAGGGACCUCCCGGACAUACCCAAAAAAACACGGCGGAAGAAAUCCAAGGAGGAUG